UCGGAUCGCCUCCGAUAAUGUUCUGUUUGUGAGAGAGACACAGUACAGGUGAUUCUGAUUUCCGUCCCAAGAAGAAAACCCUUCUUGCAGAAAAAACCCAACACCAUUUUGUGUAUUUCUUUUCCCAUAUUUGUCUUUUUUUUUUUUUUUUUUAUCUCUCUCUCACAGAUAAUAAAAUGCAAAAAUUAGCAAUUUUCCGAGCUACGAGGUGGCUAUGUAGGAGCUUCUCGGGCAUUUCUUCAAACCCAUUGCGGGUGUGUGUCGUUGGAAGUGGCCCUGCUGGUUUCUACACUGCCGAGAAGAUGUUGAAGGCGCACCAACAAGCACAAGUUGAUAUCAUUGACAGGUUGCCCACACCUUUUGGGUUGGUUCGCUCUGGUGUUGCACCCGAUCACCCUGAAACAAAGAUUGUCAUCAACCAGUUUUCAAGGGUGGCACAACAAGAACGAUGCUCAUUUUUGGGUAAUGUGACCCUUGGAUCAAGCGUUUCUCUCUCUGAAUUACGUGAGCUGUAUCAUGUGGUUGUCCUUGCAUAUGGCGCUGAAAGUGAUAGAAGUCUUGGUAUUCCUGGGGAGAACUUGAAAGGGAUACAUUCUGCUAGGGAGUUUGUUUGGUGGUAUAAUGGGCACCCAGAUGGACAAAAUCUUGAGCCAGACCUAAAGAGCACUGAUUCAGCUGUAAUCCUUGGUCAGGGAAAUGUUGCUUUAGAUGUUGCAAGGAUUCUUUUACGACCUACCACUGAGUUAGCAACAACUGAUAUUGCCAGUCAUGCUUUGGCUACCCUAGAGGAGAGCUCUAUCAGGGUGGUUUAUUUGGUUGGAAGACGUGGUCCAGCACAAGCAGCUUGUACUGCAAAAGAACUACGUGAAAUUCUUGGUAUUCAUAAUGUUGAUAUUUUAAUUCAGGAAUCUGAUCUACUUUUAACCCCAGUUGAUGAGGAAGAACUUAAGAGUAACCGAAUACAGAGAAGAGUUCACGAGUUGCUAUCUAAGGCUGCUAAAGCAAAACCUAAGCAUACCAGUUUGAACCAGCGUGAACUCCGUUUCAUCUUCUUCCGUAAGCCAAAUGAUUUUCAGGAGUCGAAAGAGAGAGCUGGCCAUGUUUCUGGGGUGCACUUUGAGAAGACGGUUCUUCAGGGUGUUAGCCACGGCAAACAGAUUGCCAUUGGAACUGGAGAGUUUGAAGAUAUAAAAUGCGGGAUGGUACUUAAGAGCAUUGGUUACAAAUCAGUACCGGUUGAUGGCUUACCUUUUGAUCAUAAGAAAGGUAUAGUUCCAAAUGAUAGAGGUAGAGUGUUGAGUGACCCUUCAGAUCCCAGAGUCCCUGAAAAGGGCUUGUAUGUUUGUGGCUGGCUGAAGAGAGGACCAACUGGCAUUAUUGCCACAAACCUGUAUUGUGCGGAAGAAACUGUUUCAAGCAUAUCCGAAGACCUUGAAAAAGGAGGGUUGAUUUCGUCAUCAGCCCUGCGAAAACCAGGCAGGGACGGACUUCUCCAGCUUCUGCAUGAUAGAAAUGUCAGAAUAGUUUCAUUCGGUGAUUGGGAAAAGAUAGACUCUGAAGAAAGGAGGCUUGGAAGUUUAAGGAACAAGCCUAGGGAAAAACUUGCCACCUGGGAUGAACUAUAUAAAGCUACCUCAUAAUUAAUCAAUUAUUUCACAUGA